GCCGGGCCGGGCCGAGCCGGGGCAGGAUGGCCGCGGCCGUGGAGAAGGAGGCGAGCCAGCAGAGCACCCUAGGCGCCUACUCGCCCGUGGACUACAUGAGCAUCACCAGCUUCCCCCGCCUGCCCGAGGAGGAGCCGGCCGGCGCGGCGGCCGAGGGCUGCCUGCGCUCCAGGAAGGAGGAGGACGCGUUCCUGGGAGAGCAGGACACGGAUCCAGAUUCUUUCCUGAAAUCAGCUCGCCUCCAGCGCCUGCCAUCAUCUUCAUCGGAGAUGGGCAGUCAGGAUGUCUCGCCGCUGCGGGAGACCAGCAAAGACCCAUUCUCUGCGGACUGCAGCUGCCGCCAGGAUGGGCUGACUGUGAUCAUCACGGCCUGCUUAACCUUUGCGAUGGGAGUCACAGUGGCCCUGAUCAUGCAGAUCUACUUUGGGGACCCACAGAUAUUCCACCAGGGUGCCGUGGUCACCGAUGCUGCCCGCUGCACGGCGCUGGGCAUUGAGGUGCUCAACAAGCAGGGAUCCUCAGUGGACGCAGCCAUCGCCGCAGCUCUGUGCGCAGGAAUAAUCAACCCCCACACGUCCGGCAUCGGCGGUGGGGGAGUCAUGCUGGUCCAUGAUAUCCGGAAGAACAAGAGUCAGGUGAUUGACUUCCGAGAGACAGCCCCCUUUGGGAUCCAGGAGGAAGGCCUUCGGAAGGCCUGGGAGCUGAAGCCGGGUCUCCUGGUGGGGGUGCCAGGCAUGAUACAAGGGAUGCACAAGGCACAUCAGUUACAUGGAAGACUCCCAUGGUCAGAACUUUUGGGUCUUGCUGCCAACAUUGCCCAGGAUGGAUUCAAUGUCACGCAUGACUUGGCCAGAGCUAUCACCGAACUGAAGGAGCUGAACUACUCUGACAAAUUCAGAGAGACUUUCCUUCCAGAUGGCCAGCCUUUGUUGCCUGGAAUGUUUGUGAGGCGAGUCGAUCUAGCCACUAUUUUGGAUCUCGUUGGCUCAGAAGGGGUCUCGGCCUUCUAUGAUGGAAACCUAACCCAGGAGAUCAUUACUGAGGUCCAUAACUAUGGAGGAGUCCUGUUAGAAGAAGACUUCAUUAACUACAAUGCUGUAGUGGAAAAUCCAGUCCACACGGUGUAUCAAGGUCACCUCGUUCUCAGCCCUCCACCUCCACAUGCGGGUCCUGCACUGAUCACAGCUCUAAAUAUCCUGGAGGGCUUUAAUAUCACGAGCCAGGUAACCAGGGAAAAUACCCUCCAUUGGAUAGCAGAGACGUUAAAAAUAGCACUGGACCUAGCUAACAGCUUGGGAGACCCAGUCGGUGACGCAUCCAUCUACCAUAGUGUAGACGACAUGGUCAGUAAAUCAAAGGCAGAUUUCCUGCGUCAGCUGAUUAACGACUCCCAGUCCUUCCCUUCUGGUAUCCAUAUUCCACACUUCUCCAUAGAGAGCGCCCCCCCUGCUAGCCAGGUCCUUGUUAUGGGACCCGAUGACUACAUUGUUGCAGUUGUAAGUUCCCUGAACCGUCCAUUUGGAAGUGGAAUAAUAACACCCUCUGGAAUCCUUCUAAACAGUCAGAUGUUGGAUUUUUCCUGGCUGAAUAGUACAUUGAACCACUCCUCUCCUGGCCUGAGGAAUCUCAUUCAGCCUGGAAAAAGACCUCUGUCCUUUUUACUGCCCACUAUUGUUCGACCAUCUGAAGGGAUGUGUGGGACUUAUCUUUGUCUGGGAGCUAACAAUGGCCACAAAGCCUUGAGCAGCAUCACACAGGUUUUAGUAAAUGUUUUAACACUUAACAAGAACCUGAGUGAGAGUCUGUCACUGGGUCGACUGCACCCACAGCUUCAAUCCAACAUCCUGCAAGUUGACAGUGAAUUUCCCGAAGAAGAUAUUGAAUUCCUUGAAGCCAGGGGUCAUCAAGUAUAUAAAGUCGACGUGCUUUCCCUGGUUCAUGGAGCCAGGAGAACCAACAACUUCAUCAUUGGUGUGAAAGACCCAAGAAGCAUGGAUGCUGCAGGAGCAACAAUAUUAUAGCAACCUCCAGAUGGUGUGUUCUUUGGAUAAGGCUUUAAACAACAACAAAAAUGAUGUGCAUGUUCCGAAAUGGCCCGGGGAGGAACGAGCAGUGUUUGCUGUGGGUUUCUGCAUUGCUGAAUAGACCUUCGGCAUUCCCCACCUCAAACCAUGCAACAGUGGCUUGGAAAGCCACAACACAGCCCUUUGAUUUUGUAAAAAAUAAUUUGAGUUGUAAUAAUGUCAGUUGUUAUUAAAGGAAUGCUGGGAAUACACUUUUACUUUAAUAGUGCCCCAUUAGUGAUUACAGUCGUUUCAAAUGCCAACCUUAAACAUUUUAAUUUAACCAGCAGAAGCAUAAGCAAAGGAGAUGACAAAAAGAACAAAAUAUUUUGUGCCAAACAGACAAUUGCUGCUGUUGCUGUAAUUUUCAACUCCCUCCUUUCCCGGGCUUGACACCCUUGUCUCAUAUAAAUUAAUAUAUAAUACAGAUUGAUGUACUGGCUCUAGGCAGUCGUACCUGGAACUUCAGGGAUUUCUUUAAUAUUCCCCGUGGCUCAGCUGAUUUUUACUAGCAUGGAUAUUCCUAUAUCAAUUCCCAUUCAUGCAUCACUACACAUCUUUAGUACCCUUAUGUCUCCUUCACCCUCAAUGUUUUGACUUAAUUUACUGCAUAGACUCAUUGGGGAUCUGGACUUGGAGUCAAACUACGUCUACACUGGCAAAAAUGGCACCCGUAAUUCACCACUGGUGCCCCCAAAAGAGAACCACUGGGGGUGGCCACAGUGCAAGUUGUAAUGUAGAAAGCGUUCAUGUAGAGUCAGGGCUUUUUAAACACUGUCUCAUCUAACCCUGCUCGGGAAAGGUGAGUCCCUUGCUUUCAUGAGCACCAAACUCAUGCCAACACUUCAAACCAGUGCUUAGAUUCUGUUGUUGUGGGUGCAUUAGAAAACGUAAGGUAUAGAGAUAAGACAGGAAACAAAGCAAAAACUACUUACAUAAUUUUUUUUUUAGAGUCCCCAACAUCCAAGACAGGCUGAAGGAAGAAUUCAGCAUUUGACUUGUCAAUAAAAAUGAGGAAAUAAAAAGCAUGAUCAUGAUCAUUGCACAGAUUGAUUCUGGUCACCUUUUGAGCCCCUCCUUUUCUUUCCACCAGUAAAUUAUAGACAGUCACCCAGCACUUAAAGAUUUUUUAAAAAAAUAUUUUGGUCAUUGUUUUCACAGCCUAUUGUGUACUGGUUUCCUUCAUGAUGUUAAUAUAUCUAUGGCCACUGUACAUAUUAUAUAUGUGUGUCCGCUU